UUCCUAUGCUUCUUAUUCCAGUAUUCUCUGGACGUAUCGUUGUUUCAGACGCAUGAAGUUAUUGUCUGACAUAACAGUUCUUCUUUAACGAUUUGGUGGCAUACUACAACACUUGAAGGAUAGAAGCAGUAGGCGAUUGAGAUGCUUCCUUGGAAGAUAUUGAACCUUUGUUGAUUUUGUCAUUGAAGACACUGUGAAGAAGGGUGUAAUGUAGAUGUUGAGAGUACAGGUUGCAUUUUUAACCUGAUCUAGUGGGAAUUUCUCAUUAGUCAAGUGAUAGAGUGUCCAGCUGGAGACUGAAGGGUUGCUAUUUUGAAUCCAAGCAGUGGCAAGGUGAGAAUGCUAGUUUUCUUGUGUUGGACAGCUGUAAACAGGUGACAGGAUGCAGACAUCCCUACAAUAUGACCAUUAUCAGGGGGCAGUGUAUCCACUGGACCUACAUGCAGAUCCAAACUAUGGCCAGUAUAGAAAGACUAACAUAAAAUCACUGUUGAAUCUGUGUGCAGAGUACAUUGUGCGUGAUGCCUCAUUCACAAAAGAAGCAGUGCAACAUAUCCCCUACCACCUCAGUGUGGCACUAAUGCAGGCAGCCCUUCUUGAUAAUCGUGACCGCUCCAUGGAAACGCUCAUUUCUCACUGGCCACUCAACAGUCUCACUCUAAAAAAGCUUGCCCCUAGUCUGUUCACAUCUGCAGUGCCUCUAUACAACUCAACAUAUCUGAUGGACAUUGUUCGCCAAAGUCUGCGGUACACAACUUGUCUAUCACACACAUUCCUGGAGUGUCUGAAAAAACGCACACCAACAAAGCUCAAGUAUCUUGAUAUGACAGGGUUCCCAACAGCGGAAGUCAUCCUGUUUUACUUGGCGACUCACUGUAUGUUGGCACACAAUGAGGCCAGACAGACUGUCAUGGUGGACAUGUACAACAGAGUGGUCACCCUGCUCCCUGACCAAACAGAAUCAGCAGAUACUUCACAUCAGCUGAUGACUGCCGAUACCACCAUUCCAGAUUCCAGCUUCACAGUAAAGAUGGACGCCUUUGUUACCUCAGACCAGACUCAUGCUGAACUAUGUAAAGCUCUUAAAGUGUCUGGUUUCCAGGACAGUAAGCUGAAAAUUGUCCUGGAAAAAUUAGAUGCAACUUGCCUUGGGGAACAGAAGCUCCAUAUACUGCUACAACAAAUCAAUCCAAAGUUCUUGCAAAGUCUGCGUCUGAAGUAUAAUGCUCUGAAUUGUGAGGACUUCUGUAGGCUGUCACCAGUACUAGAGCGGUUUAAUGGUUUAACAGCCCUUGAUUUGUCCUGUAACAGCAUCAGGCAUAAGGACUCAUGUGACAGUCUAGCCCAGCUCCUCUCUGCUUUACCACAUCUUAUUCGACUUGACCUCAGCAACAAUCGUGUGAAGACACGUCUUCGCCAGAUUUUGUCCAAUAUGCCCAGUACAUUGCAGUACUUGAGACUGGUGGCAUGUGGCCUUGCCUUCACGGAUAUUGCAUAUUUGUCAGUCUCCCAUCAUAUCUCUGGACUGGAGGAACUGGAUCUCAGUGAAAACAACCUACAGCCAGCUGCAGCCAACAUUAGUAAACUAUUAAGGGGCUGUAAGUCAACACUUCACACACUGGAGAUGGAGGAUUGUAAGUUGCGCGACGACACAAUGGAGCUGGUGGCAGGCAACUUUGGCUCUAUGGAAACCCUUAUGUAUGUGAAUUUGUCUGACAAUUCACUAAGCAUGCCUGCUCAUGAGUGUGUACUUGAAGCAUUGAUAGGACUGUCCAGUAUUCAGGCAUAUCGCCUCUCCUUUUCCAAGGAGUGCUACAGUCUUGACAUACCUGACUAUGAACAAAUAAUAAGAAAGGAUAUGUGUGUAGCACAAAUGUACCGUAUAAUGAGGGACAGUAGAGGGGAAGCAACCUUACCACAUCUAAUAUUUGUGGAACUUGAGAGAUUAGAUCAUGUGGAAUGACAAAAUGAGAAAAAUCAGCAUGUAAACUGGUGUCAGUAGAAUUAGAAAACAAAAGAUAUAUUUGCAACUCCUAUAGAAUUACAUGAUCUUCUUAUACUUCAAACAAUGUUAAAAGGGCUGUAAAUUUGAAACAAGUCAUGUGUCACACAAUGUACCUAUUGCGUAACCAUGUUAGUUGUAUAUUUCACAAACCUAAAAUAUGUCUUGAAUAAACUAUACACCUAAGCUGUGAUUUGAAAUCAAAGCAGAGUGCAGUACACUUACGUAUUGUCUCGUAAUUGUUUAUGAGAAUCAGCAUGAAAAGUGCCAAAAUAAAAGAUUCUCUUAAAGAGUUGCGAUUACAUUCCUCCAAUAGUCAACUGCUCAAUGUUUUAUAUCUCAGUUAUGAGUCACUUUAAGUCGGACUACCUGGUACAUCUUUCACACGUUGAGAGCACAUCAUCGUACUUGCCUCGUCAGCAGGUCUGCUUCUUAAUCUGAUCCUGGAGUAUACCUUGGUUCUAUUUCUUGCAUGUAGACACCAGACCGUAUGUAGUCUAUUAAUUUAUCACACAAUUGUCAGGUCAUUAAUUGUAUAUACUCAAACAGUAUUUUCUUACAUGAAUUGAUGUUAUAAAACCUAUUUGGUAUGUUGUGACACCAGAGAUGAUGUUAUGAUACCAAACAUUCACAAAUUCCAUAUUGGUAUCACAAUGGAACCCUAUACCAAGAAUAACUACCAGAGUGAUACAUAAAUAGCUCAUCUGUAGCAUUUACAAAUAUAAUAGAUUAUGUGAUCAAAGGAUCUUACUAUGGUUUCCUUUUUACUUUCAAAACUUGUAUGAAACUUACCAUUAUUAAAUUGUUUUAGACUCAUUUUAAACAUCUCAUGAAGUGAAAACUCCUGUAAAAUGUAGCACUACUGUUAACUCUUACAACCUCUAUUUUAAAUUGACACAAAGUGGUGAAAUUCCUGUUUCUGGAGGAUGUCUUUGUCAUGAAUACCACACUUAUUUUAUAUAAACACCAUGUGAAGUUUCUGUGUGAAAUAUGAAUAAUAAAUACAAUGAAAUCCAUUGGACAUUUGAAUUAUUGAAAUAUAUAUGGAUAGAACCACAGGGGCUUGUAACAAAUUUUAUGGUGGAGGGAGCUUGU